AUGUCAUUCUCCCAGGAAAACGGCCAGCCGCAGCUCCAAGAUGCGGACCGUCAGCGGAUCCAGCAACAUCCCGGACAGGUCCCUCAACAGCAGCAGCAACCACCGUUCGUACCUCCUCCGCACCCGCAGCAACAGCAGCAGUCCACAGAUAACCUCUUCGCACAGAUGAUGCACAUGAUGCAGCAGCAGCAGGCACAAUAUCAGCAGCAGUUGAACCAGCUUCUUCUCCGGCAACAGCAGAAUGAACAGCGAUCGGAAGAACGGUUCCAGCAGAGCGAAGAACGGCAUCAGGCAUUCCUUCGCACCAUAACGUCAUCAAUAAAUGUGCAAGUACCACCUAACCCCGAACAAAUUUUGGACUCUCUUGCGGGGAACAUCAAAGAGUUUCAUUAUGAAGUAGAAAGCAAUCUCACUUUCGCUAGUUGGUAUUCGCGCUACGAUGAUCUCUUUGCGAAAGACGCCUUUCGUUUAGAUGACCCAGCCAAAAAAAUGACGCUGAACUACGAACGCGACUCCUCUCAAAAAAUCGAGGAAAAACAUGACGUCACUCUAGAACAGUUGUCGGAGGAAAGCCAGCGAUUAGACAACCUUCGACACGAUAACGCAAUGAUCGAGACUGCUUCUGGUUUCGGUCAAGUCAAUGCAGUGAAACGUCAUUUCAGGAAACGAGAAAAUCUGGCAACCAAAACCGAUACAAGUGAUAGCAAAAACGGCAAAAACAAACCCAAAUCACCGUGUUGGUUUUGUGGCUCGUUUCAUUACACUCGCUAUUGCACGUUUAAGAGUCAUAAAUGUUCCGAUUGUGGCAUAAUCGGGCAUCGGGAAGGAUUCUGUGCAAGUGCGAAGUCGCGAAGAUCAUCAAAGAAUCGGAAAAAGUAUACAGUAUCCAGCAAAAUUGUAACAGUGAAUGUUUGUGGUGUCGAAACACGCAGAUUUGUUCCAGUAUCGUUCCCCGGCGGUGAGACGCAGUUGCAGCUUGAUACAGCCUCCGACAUAACAGUGAUCGAUAAAAAUAUUUGGCGGAAGAUUGGAAGUCCAGCGUUAGUGCCAGCAACAGUGAAAGCUAAAACAGCUUCGGGAAGUGUUUUGCCUCUUGCGGGUGAAUUUUGUUGUGACAUUACUAUUGGAAACAAAACCCGCAAUGCAGUGAUACGUGUGACAGAUAAACAAUUGCAACUUCUCGGAUCUGAUUUAGUGGACAGUUUCGGACUAUGGUCAGUGCCGAUGGAUACAUUUUGUCGUCAAGUAUCCAGUUCCCCAGUACCUAUUAAUUCCCUGAAAAAAACAUUCCCGAAGCUGUUCAGUGAAAAGCUUGGCCUGUGCCAAAAGACUAAAAUAAACCUGGAACUGAAAGAACAGUGCAAACCAGUUUUCUGCCCGAAACGUCCUGUUGCGUAUGCAAUGCUAGACACUGUGAAUCAAGAGCUCGAUCGUCUCGAGCAAUUGAAUAUCAUUUCGCCGGUGGAUUAUUCGGAGUGGGCCGCUCCGAUAGUGGUAGUGCGCAAGGCAAACGGUUCGAUUAGGAUCUGCGGAGACUAUUCGACGGGACUGAAUGCCGCCUUGCAACCUCAUCAAUACCCGCUUCCCCUUCCGGAGGAUAUUUUCGCCAAACUGGCUAACUGCAAAGUAUUCAGCCAGAUUGAUCUCUCCGAUGCUUUCCUGCAGGUGGAAAUUGAUGAAGCAAGCCGUGGUCUGUUAACGGUAAACACUCACCGUGGACUGUACCACUACAACCGCCUCCCACCAGGUGUGAAGAUCGCUCCAGGAGCAUUCCAGCAGCUCAUCGACACGAUGCUCGCCGGUCUCAAGGGAACAUCCGGCUAUAUGGACGACGUCGCAGUCGGUGGUGAAAACGAAGAGGAGCACGACCGUAAUCUGAAAGCGGUCCUACAGCGCAUUGAAGAUUUCGGAUUUACGAUCCGAGCGGAAAAAUGUUCAUUCCGAAAACGUCAGAUUCAGUAUCUGGGCCACGUCAUCGACCAAAAAGGGUUGCGCCCGGAUCCAUCGAAAAUAGAAGCGAUUACCAAGCUAUCGCCUCCCACUGACGUCUCUGGCGUCCGCUCGUUCCUCGGUGCAAUCAACUAUUAUGGAAAGUUUGUGCCGAACAUGCGGAUGUUGCGCUAUCCUCUCGACAACCUGCUCAAGUCAGAAGCAAAAUUCGAGUGGAAUCAAGAUUGUCAGCAAACAUUCGACAAUUUCAAACGAAUUCUCUCGUCGGACCUGCUUCUCACCCACUACAAUCCGAAGUUGGACAUCAUUGUGACAGCUGAUGCUUCAUCCAUUGGCCUCGGAGCAACGAUCAGCCACAUUUUUCCAGAUGGUUCAGUAAAAGUGGUGCAGCACGCUUCAAGAGCACUCACCAAGGCGGAACAAAACUACAGUCAGCCGGAUCGCGAAGGUCUGGCCAUUAUAUUUGCUGUCACCAAGUUCCACAAAAUGCUGUUUGGUCGGCAUUUCCGUCUGCAAACUGACCACGCUCCACUGCUGCGAAUCUUCGGAUCCAAGAAAGGCAUUCCAGUCUACACUGCCAACAGACUUCAACGAUUUGCCUUAACCCUACUACUGUAUGACUUCGAGAUCGAGUACGUGGCGACCAACAAGUUCGGUAACGCUGAUGUCCUAUCACGUCUCAUCGAUCAACAUGCGAAACCAGAGGAAGACUACGUCAUCGCCAGCAUCCGCCUCGAAGACGAUAUCAGGUCUGUGGCCUCAUGUUCAGCUAACACUCUUCCUCUCAGUUUCAGAGUCGUCGCACAGGGUACGCAGUCCGAUCCACUCCUUCGCAAGGUUUUUCGGUACAUCCGUGAUGGUUGGCCACAAUCGCAACUCAUCGAACCGGAACUCAAGCGGUUCCAAGCCAGACAAGAAUCGCUCAGCCUAGUGGACGGAUGCAUCCUGUUCGGAGAACGACUCGUUAUUCCAUCCCAGUACCGCAAGCAGUGCCUGAAACAACUACACCUCGGACAUCCUGGCAUCCACAGGAUGAAGGCACUCUCCAGAAGCUAUGUGUACUGGCCCUCGCUCGACGAAGAAGUACAGGCCUACGUCAAGACUUGCCCGCAUUGUGCGUCCGUCGCGCGAUCUCCUCCUCACAUGGAUCCUGUCCCAUGGGCCAAAGCAUCUGGUCCGUGGCAACGAGUGCAUGUCGAUUUCGCCGGUCCAGUCGAAGGCGAAUAUUAUCUCAUCGCCGUCGAUAGCUUCUCUAAGUGGCCUGAAGUGGUACAAACUCGACGUAUUACUGCUCACGCUACUAUCAGUAUCCUGCGUGGAUUAUUUGCUCGUCUUGGGAUGCCCGAAAUUUUAGUAUCGGACAAUGGAACGCAGUUCACCAGUGCUCAGUUCGCCGAUUUCUGUAUGUCAAAUGGAAUCGAACACGUACGAACAGCCCCGUUCCAUCCACAGUCGAACGGGCAAGCCGAACGAUUCGUGGAUACGUUCAAACGCACCGUCAAGAAAAUUCAAGAGGGGAGAGGAGACAUCGAAGAAGCUUUGGACAUAUUCUUGCUGACCUACCGGAGCACGCCAAACCGCUCUUUACCGGAAAGCAAAUCACCAUCUAAAGUCAUGUUUGGACGUCAAAUCCGAACGUGCCUCGAGUUGCUUCGUCCGCCACCAGUUCGGAAGCCGGAACCAAAAGCCAUUCCGGACAAACAGCCAAGGUGCUUCAGUAAAAGCGAUCUAGUCUACGCCAAGGUCUAUACACGAAACUGUUGGAAAUGGGCACCAGGUGUCGUGUGUCAACGCCUGGGAGACGUCAUGUACAAUGUGUGGAUUGAGAAUCACCGAAUGCUACGUUCACACAUCAAUCAGUUACGAAGCCGAACCGUGACCGAUUCAGUACCCAGCCAGUCAGCGAACCCAGUCAGCAGUUGCAAACAGAAGCUAGCCUUGGAUGUUCUACUUGAAGGCUGGAACUUGCCAGAACCUGGUCUGGCCUCUCUAGCUUCACUUCCUGAUCCAGCUGCGCCAGUAUCCGAGCCAGCUGCUACACAAUCGUCUGGAACAUUGCAAACUUCUACACCACAGCAAGCAGUGUCUAGUCCGCGGCCUGACCAGCCGCAGAAUCCGGUGUUGAGUCCGUUGUCGUCUAUCCAGUCUCCAUCAACGUCAACAUCAACAUCAUCAGCUUCAACCGAAUUUGAAUCAGCAGUUGAGGCAGAUCCGGUGGAAAGAGUUCCUCGGCGAUCUUCCAGAAAUCGAAGGCCGCCGAAGUGGUUCGACCCGUACCACCUUUAUUAA